UUUCCCAUGGCCCGCUCCCGGCCGGGAGGAGGAUGCGGGGAUCGGGAAUGAGGGGCGGGAUCGCAUCCCUGGAUUCUGUCCCGGAUCCGUCGGGAAUCUUCCCGGGAAUCCGUCGGGAAUCCGUCGGGAAUCCGUCGGGAAUCCGUCGGGAAUCCAGAGGCAUCUCGGGAAGGAGGAGCGGGGGAGGCAUCGCGACAUCUCCGGGACGGAGCUGGGAAGGCUGGGAAAGCCGCACCGGGAAAAGGAGCGGCCGCGGGAGCCGGGAAUAAACCGGGAAUAAACCGGGAAUCCAACCGGGAAUCAGCCGGGAAAUCAAGCGGGAAAUAAACCGGGAAAUCAAGCGGGAAUACACCGGGAAAUCAAGCGGGAAUACACCGGGAAUCCAGCGGGAAAUAAACCGGGAAUCGGCCGGGAAUCAGCAGGGAAAUCAACCGGGAAUAAACCGGGAAAUAAGCCGGGAAUCCAGCGGGAAAUAAACCGGGAAUCAAGCGGGAAAUAAACCGGGAAAUCGGCCGGGAAAUCAGCCGGGAAUCCACCGAGAAAUCAGCCGGGAAUCAAGAGGGAAAUCAGCCGGGAAGGAGCCCGGAAUAAACCGGGAAUCAAGCAGGAAUAAACCGGGAAUCGAGCGGGAAAUCGGGCCGGGAAUAAACUGGGAAGGAGCUGGGAAGGAACCGGGAAUCAGUUGGAAAAGAGCCGGGAAGGUACCGGGAAUAAACCGGGAAUCAAGCAGGAAUAAACCGGGAAUCAGCCGGGAAUAAAUCGGGAAUCAACCGGGAAAUAAACCGGGAAUCAAGCAGGAAUAAAUCGGGAAGGAGCCGGGAAUCGGCCGGGAAGGAGCCAGGAAGGUAACGGGAAUAAACCGGGAAUAAACCGAGAAUAAGCCGGGAAAUAAACCUGGAAUCGGCCAGGAAUAAACCGGGAAUCAGCCGGAAAUAAACCUGGAAUCAAGCAGGAAUAAACCGGGAAUCAAGCAGGAAUAAACCGGGAAAUAAACCGGGAAUCCCGGCCUCUCCCUCCGCGCCUCCCGCAAUUCCCGAUCCCGGCGUUUUCCCGGGAAAGGCCCCUCAGGACGGCGAUGCCGCUUCUCUGAUCAUCCCCCAUUCCCACCGGGAAUCCCAAAAAAACCCCGAGAAUCCCAAAAAAACCCCGAGAAUCCCCCCCAAAAACCACACAAAAACGCCUCCAGGAUGCCCCGCGCCUUCUCCGAGCCGGAAUUCUCGGCCGAGCACUCCGCCGAUUAUUCCUGGAGUUUUCCAUCCGAUCCCGACGGCUCCGGGAUCCGCCGCUCCCAGGAAUCCCCGGCUCCCCGCUGCCCGUGCCUGCCGCAUUCCCGGCGUUUUUCCUUCUCCCCGGAAUCCUUGGAAAAGCUCUACCAGACUUAUUUCCGCCGCCAGCGCCACGAGACGCUGCUGGUGCUGCUGGUGUUCGCCGCCCUCUUCGACUGCUACAUCCUGGGAAUGUGCGCCGGCUUUUCCCGCAUGGAAAAGCUUUUCCCGGCGCUGGCGGCGCUGGCGGCGCUGGUGGCUCACGGAUCCCUUUUCCUCCUCCUCAAAUCCCGGCUGCUCCCGGAGCGCUUUUCCCAGAAAUUCCUGCCCGGAGCGCUGUGGGCGCUGAUCGUGGCGCAGCUGUGGGGGUUGCUGGGGUUGGAAUUCCAGAGGGUUUUUCCAGAGGCGGUGGAUACGGUGGGCUGGCAGGCGUUCUUCGCCUUCUCCUGCUUCCUGACGCUGCCGCUGAGGCUGGCGCGGAUCCUGCUGCUGGCGGCCGCUUCCUGCGGCGGGCACGCGCUGCUGAUCCUGGGAAUCGCCGCCGUCCGCAGGGAACCGGAUUCCAGGGAUGGAGCCGGGCUGGGCAGGCAGGUGCUGUGGCAGGCGCUGCUGUUCGGCUGCGCGCUGUGCGUGGGCUCCAUGUCCUACGUGAUGGCCGAGCGGAAGCACCGCAAGGCGUUCCUGGAGGCGCGGCAAUCCCUGGAGGUCAAACUCAACCUGGAGGAGCAGAGCCAGCAGCAGGAGCGGCUGAUGCUGUCCAUCCUGCCCAAGCACGUGGCGGAGGAGCUGCUGCGGGAGAUGAAGAAGGACCCGAGCCAGAAGGAGCUGCAGCAGUUCAACACCAUGUACAUGCACCGCCACGAGAACGUCAGCAUCCUGUUCGCGGACAUCGUGGGCUUCACGCAGCUCUCGUCGUCCUGCAGCGCCCAGGAGCUGGUCAAGCUCCUCAACGAGCUCUUCGCCCGCUUCGACAAGCUGGCCGCCAAACAUCACCAGCUGCGGAUCAAGAUCCUGGGGGAUUGUUACUACUGCAUCUGCGGGCUGCCGGAAUUCCGGGAGGAUCACGCCGCCUGCUCCAUCCGCAUGGGGCUGGCCAUGGUGGAGGCCAUCGCCUCGGUGCGGGAGCAGACGCGCACGGCGGUGGACAUGCGUGUCGGGGUGCACAGCGGCGCCGUGCUGGGCGGCGUGCUGGGACAGAAGCGCUGGCAGUUCGACGUCUGGUCCACCGACGUCACCGUGGCCAACAAGAUGGAGGCGGGCGGAAUUCCCGGGCGGGUGCACAUCUCGCAGAGCACGGUGGAUUGCCUGAAGGGCGAGUUCGAGGUGGAGCCGGGCGAGGGCGGCUCCCGCUGCGAGUACCUGAGGGACAAGGGCAUCGUCACCUACCUGGUGGUGGUGCCGCGGCACGGCCUGAGGCACGGCGUCAACGGCGUGAAGCUGUCCCUGACCUCGUCCCACGGCGUGUCCCCUCCACCGCUCACGGCCACCGAGCGCAACGGGAGCCUCAGCCCGGAGCGUCCGGAGAAUCCCGGGAAUCCCGAGGAUCCCGAGGAUCCCGAGGAUCCCGAGGAUCCCGAGGAUCCCGAGGCCGCCCGCAGGAACUCCCUGGAGCUCGAGGAUGAGGAUGGAGAGGUGGAGAACCCGUCGUUCCCCAACCCGCGGCGCCGGCUGCGGCUGCGGGACCUGGCCGAGCGCGUGGCGGGCGCGGCGCAGAACGAGCAGGAGCUCAACCAGCUCCUCAACGAGGCCCUGCUGGAGCGCGAGUCCAUCCAGGCGCUGAAGGGCAAGAGCACCUUCCGGUUGUCCAUGCGCUUCACCGACCCGGAGAUGGAGACGCGCUACUCGGUGGAGAAGGAGAAGCAGAGCGGCGCCGCCUUCAGCUGCUCCUGCGUCGUCCUCUUCUUCACCGCCCUGGUGGAGGCCGUCAUCGACCCCUGGUUGGUGACCAACUACGUGACCUUGGUGGUGGGCGAGGUGCUGCUGCUGGUGCUCACCCUCUGCUCCCUGGCUGCCGUCUUCCCACGGGCUUUCCCCAGGAAGUUGGUGGCCUUCUCCACCUGGAUCGACCGGACGCGCUGGGCGCGCAACGCCUGGGCCAUGGCGGCCAUCGCCAUCGUCACCGCGGCCGACGUGGUGGACAUGCUGGGCUGCCGCCGCCACCGCUGGCCGCUGACCAACGGCACCUCGUGGCCGGCCGGUUCCGGCGGCUGCGCCGAGCAGCCCCAGUGCUACAGCCACAUCGCCCUGCUGGCCCUGGUGGCCACCGUCAUGCUGGUCCAGGUCAGCCACAUGGUCAAGCUGAGCCUCAUGGUCUCCAUCACCGCCGCCACCGGCGCCCUCAACUUCUCGGCCUGGGAGCCCAUCCUGGAGCAGUACGACCGCCGGCGCGGCCAGCACGGCUCGUCCGUGCUGGUGCCCUCCAAGUAUUCCAUGACCGCCAUGAUCUUCGUGGUGAUGCUCAGCUUCUACUACUUCUCCCGGCACGUGGAGCGGCUGGCGCGGACGCUGUUCCUGUGGAAGGCGGACGUGCACGAGCAGAAGGAGCGCGUCUCCGAGAUGCGCCGCUGGAACGAGGCCCUGGUGGCCAACAUGCUGCCCGAGCACGUGGCCCGACACUUCCUGGGCUCCAAAAAGCGGGAUGAGGAGCUGUACAGCCAGUCGUACGAGGAGAUCGGGGUGAUGUUCGCCUCCCUGCCCAACUUUGCGGAUUUCUACACCGAGGAGAGCAUCAACAACGGCGGCAUCGAGUGCCUGCGCUUCCUCAACGAGAUCAUCUCCGACUUCGACGCCCUGCUGGACGAGCCCCAGUUCCGCUGCAUCACCAAGAUCAAGACCAUCGGCAGCACCUACAUGGCCGCCUCGGGAGUGACGCCCGACGCCGGCGCCAACGGAUUCGGAGCCAAGCCGGACCCUCGCUCGGACAAGGAGCGCUGGCAGCACUUGGCCGACCUGGCCGACUUCGCGCUGGCCAUGAAGGUGACGCUGAUGAACAUCAACUACCAGUCCUUCAACAACUUCAUGCUGCGCAUAGGGAUGAACAAGGGGGCGGUGCUGGCCGGAGUCAUCGGCGCCCGGAAGCCGCACUACGACAUCUGGGGCAACACCGUCAACGUGGCCAGCAGGAUGGAAUCCACCGGAGUCAUGGGCAACAUCCAGGUGGUGGAGGAGACGCAGCAGAUCCUGAAGGAAUUCGGGUUCCGCUUCGUCCGGCGCGGCGCCGUCUACGUCAAGGGCAAAGGGGAGCUCCUCACCUUCUUCCUCAAGGGCCGGGAAAAACCGGGAUCCGUGCCCCUUCCCCACCAGGUGCUGGAGAAUUCCUGAGGAAUCCUCGGGAAUCUCCGCCGGGAUGAGGAUCCCCCGGAUGCCCCUCGGGAAGGGAUUUUUUUUUUUUUUGUUUUUUCCCCCCGGGGUUUUUGGAAUUCCGGGAGA